CAAGCAAGUAUGGUUCGUUGGGGAAUUUUAGGAACCGGCGACAAUGCCACCAAGUUCGUCAAAGACCUUCUUAUCGACCCUGCCACUCGCCAGGUCCACGAUGUCACCCAUGACAUUGUGGCCGUCGCUUCGUCCAGCGCGAUAGAAAAAGCCCAGAAUCUCCUCUCCACUACCCACACCCCAUCCACCGCUCGUGCCUACGGUUCUUACGAAGCCCUCGUCGCUGAUCCCAACGUCGACAUUGUCUACGUCGCGUCUCCUCACUCACAUCACUUUGCCCACACGCGUCUGGCCUUGCUCGCCAAUAAACACGUCCUCGUGGAGAAGGCUUUCACAGUGAAUGCCGAGCAAGCCCAGGUACUCGUGGAUCUGGCCAAGAAACGAGGACUUUUCCUCAUGGAAGCGCUUUGGACCCGGUUCUUCCCUCUCACGCGCCACGUACAACAUCUCGUCCGAGAGGGGGUCAUCGGGACGGUUCAGCGGAUCGUGGCCGAUCGGAGCCUGGGUCGCAACGUGGAGGAGCUGUAUGGCACCGAGCAUCGCCUGGUCAGCCCCGCCUUGGCUGGCGGCGCCUUGCUGGACUGUCGUCCCGACCGGCCUCUCGCUUCGGUUUCCCUGCGAACGACCGGCUCCGUAACCAAGUACAAAGAAACCGGGGUAGAUGAGACCGUAACGGUCGUCCUCACCUCCCCUGAAACGCAGACGCAGGGGGUAGCGACGGCUAGUCUCCGAGUCACGGCCGACCCGCAAGAACCAGGUGUCCGCAUUCUUGGGACAAAAGGACAGAUCCAAGUAUUUGGACCCGCCGCGCGUCCGGAUAGUAUCAAAGUGGUGGUUUAUGGGUCGGCGGAAGACGUUUCUACAACCGCAUUUCCGAUCCCGGUGGGCCAUGGACUGUUCUGGGAGGCAGAUGAAUGUGCCCGGCGCGUGCAGGCUGGCGAGCGCGAAUCGCCGGUCAUGCCCUUGGCAGAGACGCUAGUGAUGAUGAGGGUGUUUGACCAAGUUCGCGAGCAGAAUCAGUUGCAGUACCCGGAUGAGAUUGAAGCUAUUGCAUAGGUCCCGGGGGCACCAUAUACCACUUUCCGUUCUUGGAGCUGUCAGGUGAAUAUGAGGAUCGCAGCGUGUGAAUGUGCGAUCCGGCUUAUCCCGUCGAAGUCCAUCCUGAUCUAGGUCACGAUGAGUGGUUUCUAGUCCUCCAGCUAAAUUCUCCGGUGAGAAUAAA